AUGAGUGAACCCAUCCCCGCCGCAAAAGUUCAACCAUUGACCCCAGAAGAGAUUUUAUUAGAACCCUACAACUAUCUGGUGGCGCAUCCUGGAAAAGAGAUUAGGACUAAAUUGAUUGAUGCCUUUGAUCACUGGCUUCAGGUCCCCAAGGACAAGUUGGCCAUAAUUACUACCAUUGUGGAAAUGUUACACACUGCCAGUCUUCUAAUUGACGAUGUGGAGGAUGGCUCAACAUUGCGUCGCGGAGUUCCAGUUGCGCACACCAUAUAUGGUAUACCUUCCACCAUCAAUUGUGCAAAUUAUGUCUAUUUUCUUGCAUUGAGUGAACUUCGAAAGCUGGAGGAUGCCAACUUGUUCUCGAUCUUUACAGAGCUAUUAAACCUUCACCGCGGUCAGGGAAUGGAAAUCUAUUGGAGGGAUACGUUGACUUGUCCCUCGGAGUCUGAAUUCAUUGAGAUGGUCUCAAAUAAAACUGGAGGUUUACUACGUUUGGGAGUGAGACUCAUGCAAGAAGCCAGUAAAUCAGAAGUGAAUUACGUUCCACUUGUGAACAUUAUCGGUGUCCAUUUUCAGAUACGAGAUGAUUACAUGAAUUUACAGUCUGAAAAGUAUACGAAUAACAAAGGUUUUUGUGAUGACAUAACUGAAGGAAAAUUUUCUUUCCCGAUCAUCCAUUCUAUUAACGCGGAUACUAGAAAUCGACAGUUGAUUAACAUCCUGAAGCAGCACACAACCUCCAUUGAGUUAAAGCAAUUUGCAGUAAAUAUUAUGGGAGAAACUGGAUCCUUCGAGUACACUCGACACUAUUUGGUAAAAGUCGAAAAAGAAGCACGCGCCGAGAUCGAGAGGUUAGGCGGAAAUCCAAAACUGGAACAAAUCAUGGAUCUCUUGAGUGUCAAAGAAUAA